UAAGACGUACAUAAAUCGCGCUACUGAUCAUAUGUUAAAUCAUAAAAUGAUUUGCAGUAGAAAGUAUACUGUAAUCAUAACUUUAAGAAAAAGCGUUUAUAUGGAUUGAAUGAGAACGAAAGUGAAAAAUUAUUCAUAAAUAGUUAAUAAUUACGGUCAGAAGUGAUGUAAUAUUCGUUUCGUUUUAAGAAACCUAUUUAAGGCCAUUUUUAAGGCCUCAAAAAAUAUAUUCAGUUUAUGAUAAAUCACCUUAAAGGAAGAAAAAAAUACUUUAAAUCAACAUCAUUUCUUCGCAACAAGUUUACAUUGAUUCAAAUUUUGAAGCCAAUGAUGCAAAUGCCUAUUUUGGGAUUUAUUUAAAUCUAAAUAAAAGAAUAUAAAACGGAAAUAAUUUUUGGCAUUCGAUGAAUUUUUUAGAGCACAUGAAAUCAUUUCCAUUUCAUUUCUCAAACACAAAGUUCAGAUAGUCUGUGAGGAAAUUGUAAUAGUGACCGUCGAUCAUAAAAUCGAAAAGAAAAAGCAAAUCUUUGACCUCGCAAGGAGAUAAAGUGAUAACAAGUUUUUAUUUGUGUGCAGUAUUCAUCUCUAAUUCAGUCAAUUUAUAAAAUUUCGAAACCAUCAACAUUAAAACGAUGUCAACAUUAAACGUAAAACAGGAAUCCAAAGAGAAAAUGCCACUGACAAGAACUGAAAUGCGACCAGUUCGUCCAGCUCAUUACGCUGAUUCUUUCUGGGCAACUUACAUCAUUUCAGUUGCUGCUGCGAGUGUCGCUGAAUUUGCAACAUAUCCACUGGAUUUAACUAAAACAAGACUUCAAAUUCAGGGCGAAGCUGCAAGUGUCGCUGGAAAAACGAAUCAAAAUCUUUGUUUUGUUUACCAACAAAUGAAAAUUCUCUUUCAUGAAUUUAAAGAUUUUAAUCAUAUGAAAUUGUUUAAGGCUAUCCAUCGUGGAAUGAUUCAAACAGCGGUGGGAAUUGUUCGAGAAGAAGGAGCGACGAAGCUUUUCCAGGGGCUCACCCCAGCUUUAUAUCGUCAUGUUGUUUACAGCGGCGUUCGUAUUGUGACUUAUGAUAUUCUUAGAAAGAAGUUCGUUCACGAUUCAGAGACAUUAACUUUGUGGAAGUCGGCAGUUGCAGGGGUUACUGCUGGAGGUCUAGCUCAAUUCCUUGCAUCGCCAGCUGAUCUCGUAAAGGUUCACAUACAAAUGGAAGGGAAACGAAGACUCAUGGGACUUGAACCGCGAGUCCAUAGCGCUUCUCAUGCAUUCAAGGAAAUCGUCAAACGUGGCGGAGUGAAGGCUUUAUGGAAAGGAAGUGUUCCGAAUGUCCAACGAGCUGCUUUAGUCAAUCUUGGUGAUCUUACAACUUAUGAUUCAGUGAAACGUUACAUCCUCAAAAGCACAGGAUGGCCAGAUGAUCAUCUCGUUCAUAUCAUGUCUUCAAUAUGUGCAGGUUUUGUUGCUGCCAUCAUGGGAACUCCAGCUGAUGUUGUAAAGACAAGAGUUAUGAAUCAACCCACAGAUAAUCUUGGAAGAUUUUCUUUCUCGUGUUUAUUUUUGUGUGUCGUCAAAUAUUUUUCCUUCACCAUUGAGAAGCAACCAGAAAAAGGGGCAAACAUGACAACUUUGAAUUUAGAAAAGCAACCUAAAGACAAAUUGUCACUAAAAAGAACUGAAUUAAGGCCACUAAGUCCACCUCACUAUGCUGAUUCCUUUUGGGGAACGUACCUUAUUUCCGUAGCAUCUGCAAGUGUUGCAGAAAGUGUUACUUAUCCAUUAGAUCUGACAAAGACAAGACUUCAAGUUCAAGGCGAAGGUUACAACCAUGCACAGAACUCAAAGAUUCAUCAUCGCGGAAUGUUACAAACAGCUUUUGGAAUUAUACGAGAGGAAGGAGCAACAAAACUUUGGCAAGGAAUCACACCAGCUUUAUAUCGUCAUGUUGUCUACACCGGCGUUCGUAUUGCAACUUACGAUAUCUUCCGGAAGAAAUUUGUUCAUAAUUCAGAAUCAAUGACACUGGGGAAAGCAGCAAUAGCAGGUGUUACUGCUGGAGGUCUAGCUCAAUUCCUUGCAUCGCCAGCUGAUCUCGUAAAGGUUCACAUACAAAUGGAAGGGAAACGAAGACUCAUGGGACUUGAACCGCGAGUCCAUAGCGCUUCUCAUGCAUUCAAGGAAAUCGUCAAACGUGGCGGAGUGAAGGCUUUAUGGAAAGGAAGUGUUCCGAAUGUCCAACGAGCUGCUUUAGUCAAUCUUGGUGAUCUUACAACUUAUGAUUCAGUGAAACGUUACAUCCUCAAAAGCACAGGAUGGCCAGAUGAUCAUCUCGUUCAUAUCAUGUCUUCAAUAUGUGCAGGUUUUGUUGCUGCCAUCAUGGGAACUCCAGCUGAUGUUGUAAAGACAAGAGUUAUGAAUCAGCCUACAGAUAAUCUUGGAAGGGGACUCUUGUAUAAAGGGUCGCUGGACUGUCUGCAGCAAACCAUAAAGAGAGAAGGAAUGUUGGCACUUUACAAAGGAUUCUUGCCUUGUUGGAUUCGAAUGGCGCCGUGGUCCUUAACAUUUUGGCUGAGCUUUGAACAAAUCAGGAAGUCCUUAGAUGUUGAUGAAAUUCCCUUCUGGGUUGAAUAUACGAAUAAUGUGAUUCCUAAAUUUGCUCUUAAAGGAGGAAUGAAAGACGAUGAAACUAUUUACAUUGGGCGUGCUCUUCAUAAUGGUGCUUUAACUCCAGGAAGUGUUGUGUCGAGUGAAAACUCUCUCUACUUAGCUUGGGGCUAUCAAGCGCACAGAAAAACUAAUUUUGAAAUACUUGUUGGAGGUUCAGAGGACAAUUGGGUGGCCUCUAAAGGUGGCCAUGUGCCUGAAAAUGCUUUUGUAGCCGGUUACACUGAACUUGGGGAAUCUCUUUUUAUUGGACGACAAAUCCACAAUGAAAGACUUCUUGUUGGAAAGAUUCAUCCGUCGUUUUAUUUGUGUUACAUUCCAGAUAUCGGUGGAACCAAAGAACUUGAAUUCAAUAAUUACGAAGUUCUUGUUGACUACAAUAUGAAGUCGGUAAUUCCAGUUACUGCUGGCAUAUUGAGUGUCGGCGUUCUCAUUUAUCUUUAUAUAAAACGUCGUGAAAAGGGAAAGAAAACAAACGACUCAGAUGACAAUCAAGCUUUAGAUCCUAUUGAAGAAUUAGAAUUUAAAGUCAAGAAUCAACAAGUACCAGCUAUUAUAGGUCGAAAUUCAGUAAUUUUAAAGUCAAUCGAAGAGAAAACACAAACAACUAUUCGAUUCCGAGUAACUGAUGAAAAUAAUCAAAUGUGCUUGAUUAAAGGCAAAAGAAAUAAUGUGAAAGCUGCAAAACAGCUGAUUGAAGUCGAAGCAUCGAAGCCAUGCAUAAUUACUGAUGAGAUUCUCGUUCCAACAUCAUCAUGUGGAAAGAUUGAAGGAUAUUCUGGUUCAAUUCUCCACGAAAUAUGUUCAAAGUCAUCUGCAAAAGUUUGGGUUGAUCCUGGAAGUCGUAAGAACCAAGCAGAAAAUCGUCGUGUUCUGAUUACAGGGACUGAGGAACAAGUUCAAAUUGCUAAGAAAUUAAUCGAAGAGAAGAUCAAAGAAGAACAACCAGUUGACAAUGAUAAUAAGAAAGAUGAUUUUAAGAGAGAACCACGUUUAUCAAGUCCAGGACAAAACAGCAGUAAUUCAAGUCUUACAGUUACAGAUUCAGCCAGAGAAAUUAUGUUACCUUCACCAGAAAAGCUUAAGAACAAUGACGGUCAAUUGGAAGUUUUUGUUUCAGCUCUGAAUUCUCCAUCACGCUUUUGGCUUCAACUUGUUGGUCCACAAUCUACUGAAUUAGACUUUUUAGUCGACGCUAUGACAGAAUAUUACAGUGAUAAAUCAAAUCAAGAGCUUCAUCAAAUCCGCGAACCUUAUUUGGGACAAAUUGUUGCUGCAAUGUUCUUUGCUGACAAUAAAUGGUAUCGUGCUGAAAUUGUUGCCAUCCAAGUUAACAAGACACUUCCACAUGAAUUACUUUUUGAUGUUUACUUUUUGGAUUAUGGCGAUAAUCAAUUUGUAUCGAAGAAAGAUAUUCUCGAGCUUCGAGCUGACUUCCUUUCACUUCGCUUUCAAGCAAUUGAAUGUUUCCUGGCUCAUGUCCAACCAUCGAAUAAUGAAAGCAAAUUAGACGAGUGGGAUGAAAAAUCUGUUGAAAAAUUCGAAGAACUCGUUCAGCCUGCACGUUGGAAGAAGCUCAUAAGUAAAGUUGUUGCAUAUAAAGAUAAAAAAUCUUUUGCGUUUCAACGACAAUCAAAGCAACGUGAAAGUUCACCAAUUCCUGGAGUUGAACUCUACGAUCCUGAUGAUAAUUCAGACAAAAAUAUUGCUUUAGAACUUGUGAAAUUAGGACAUGCUGAGAUGACUUAUGAUUUUGGUGAUCUCAAGAAAAGUUCAAUUUUGAAGCCAACAGAAGAUGAAAUGAAAGAAAAAAAAGAUGAAAAGUCACUUCCAUUUUCCUCAAAUGAAAAUGAAGCUAUACAGAUUAAAAUAAAAGAAAAUUCACCGCCAAUCACUGAAGAAAAUCCAUCAGAAGAUUUAUAUAAUUCACCAAUAGCAGACUUGCCACAACAACCUACAAAUGGAAUUUCACCAUCGCAAUCGCAGCAAGAACCGUCAAGUAUUUUCAAUGAUGGAAAGAAGAAAAAGAAGAACAAGAAAAAUCAACUCAAUGAAUUCCUUGAAAACGAACAGCAAACAUCAAACUCUUCUUCAAAAGUCGAUUGGAAUACAAUGAUGGAAGACUAAAAGAAUUAAAAUGAAAAACAUUGAAAUGAAUUAACCAGAUUCGAUGCCAAAAACAAGAAUUGCAUAUCGUGCCUUUCAAAGGAAUCAAAAAAAAUGUUCAAAAGCAAAUUUAAGUUUUCCCUUUUUCUUGUCAAUUUCUUUUAGGUUUUCCUGAUUUUUUUUUAUUAUUCGGAAACAAUUUAUGAACUCAACUUUUGUUUGUUUCUGAUGUAUGAGAUACUUUAAAGAGAAUAAAUAAAAAUGUUAAUUUUUUUAAAUUUA